UUCAAAAUGUUAAAAUUAAUUUUAAUUAUUAGUUUUGUAGUUUGUUUUAUUUCUUUAGUUAAUGGUCAUGGAUAUUUCGUUUAUCCAAUUUCCAGACAACAAAAAUGUAACAAAGGUGCAGGUUCCUUUUGGUGGCCUGAAAAUGGUGAUGGUAUUGCUGAUCCAGCAUGUAGAGCUGCAUUUAAAUAUGUUUACAACAAGGGUGGAAGUGGCCAAUAUCAGUUUACUCAAAGUAAUGAAUACUCUGUUUUAAUUCCAAAUUAUGCAGCUGGUGCAUCUGCUCUUCAAACUGCUGUUCCAAAAGCACUUUGUUCUGCUGGUAAUACAGUAUCACCAAAUGAUAAAAGUGGUAUGUCAAUUGCUUCUAAUUGGAGUGUAACUCAGAUACCUGCUGCUAACGGUGCUUUAACCAAAACCAUAACCGCUAAAUUUUGUGCCACUGCAAGUCAUCUCCCAUCUUUCUUUGAAUUCUAUAUUUCAAAACCAGGUUAUAACCCAGCAACAACUGAAUUAAAAUGGUCUGAUUUAACUUUAUUCCAGACUUUCCAAAACCCAACCCUCAUUUCAAUGAGUGAUCCAAAUUGUGGUGCUUCAAAUGGUUAUUCCUUCACCUUAAAUUUACCAACUAGAUUUAGCAAUGCUGUUUUACUUACUCGUUGGCAACGUGUUGACCCAGUAGGUGAAUGUUUCAUCUCCUGUUCAGAUUUCAAAAACAUUGUACAAUAAUUAAUUUAAUUAUCAACAAUUAUAAAACUUGUAAUACUAUUGUUUUAAUGUUAUAUUUAUUUUAGUUCAUUUUUAAAUAAAAUCAUUUAAAAAUU